AAGAGGAGAACUUCUCCUGUCUGGGAGCAUUUUGAAUUGGUUGCUCAUAACAAGGUUUGUAUGCAUUUAGAUAGUUUAUUGUCAUAAUAUCACAUAAUCCUCACCAUAUGACUGUAUAAUGACAAUGUGUAUUAUCUGCAUAUUGAAGGUGAAAUGUUUGCUGUGCCACAAAGAGCUGACUUACAGCAACAACACCUCCUCCAUGCUUAGGCAUUAUCGUGCAAUGCAUGAGGAUGCGCAACCUGCUGCAAACAGACCAGACACUAGUCAAAGUAAUAUUUAAUCUUUAUUUCAUUAUUUUAAUCAUGUGUCAGGCUCCUACAAUACACCAGUAUUGUACUGUGUUAUAGAUUACAGAAAGAAAAUGGUGGAUGAGGCUUUGGUCAACAUGGUCAUCAAAGACUCCCAACCCUUUUCUGUUGUGGAUGACGUGGGGUUUAGAGAGCUUGUGCAUGUGCUGGAUCCAUCCUAUGUUCUUCCAACAAGAAAGGCUUUGAAGUCCAUGGUUGAUAGCAGGUAUGAGGAGGCUAAGGAGAAGGCCAAAGAGAAAUUGGACAAUGUUGUUGCUGUUAGCCUUACGUCCGACAUGUGGACAUCGAUAAACAUGGAGGCUUACCUGGCUGUGACAUGUCAUUUCAUUGAUGCCAAUGACCAGAUUGGGACAAUCUUGCUUGGGGUGCAACAUUUCCCAAACACCCAUACAGCAGAGAACUUGGCUAUUGCUCAUACUAUGGUCAUGGAGGAGUGGGGCAUAAAGGACAAGGACCAGCACAACAGGCAAAGAAAGACGGGGAGACCAACUCUAAAAAUGAUUAUUGAGGUGGACACCCGUUGGAACAGCACAUACAGCAUGCUGGAAAGGAUGUACGACCUGAGAAAGCCAGUGGGGGCAGCUUUGGCCUCUUUAAGGACAGAUGUAAGCCCUCCUUCUUCAUUGGAAUAUGACACCAUAAAAGAUGCUCUUGAAAUACUGGCCCCAUUCCACCAGGCCACAGUAGAGCUUUCUGCAGAGAAAAUAGUGUCAGCAUCAAAGGUCAUUCCCCUACUGAAGAUGCUAAACUACACCAUUUUAACAAAAUCAGAGGGCUUAACAUCAAAUAUGGCGAGGCAGCUGGCUGACAACCUUGUCCGUCGCGUCAGAGAGCAUGCAUUGCAAAUGGAAUCAAUAAGUGUGAUGACAAUGCCUACAUUGCUGGACCCUAGGUUCAAAAAACUAGGCUUCCUAAGUCCAGGGAAGCUACAAGAUGCCAUCACAAGACUAAAGUCAGAAUGUGUGAAUGUGAUAAGAAAUUCUGAUACCCCACCCCCAGCUCAGCUGCCUGCCUCACAAGCUGGGCAAUCUACAACCUGUGGUGACCUUUGGCAUCUGCUGGACACCACAGUGGAUAACAGCAGACGGAGCUCCAGUGUGACCGCAGAUGCAACAAUUGAAGUUGAUCGUUAUUUGUCAGAGACAAAUCUGGCAAGGACAGAGGAUCCAUUGGGAUAUUGGAACAAACAGAAGCUCCAAUAUCCCAAUUUAUAUAAGCUGGCACUGACCUUCCUGUGUUGUCCAGCAUCAUCGGUGCCCUGUGAAAGGGUGUUUUCUAAGGCUGGAGAGGUGGUUUCUAAAAAGAGAAACCGCCUCAAUCCAAAUACUGUGAAAAAACUUUUGUUUUUAAAUAAAAACCAGUAA